CGCUUUGUCGUGUCGAAAAUGCGGCUCUGGAGGUGAUGUUAUGUUUACGUGAAGCCAUGGGAGACGACCUGGGAGACGAAUGGUGGGAUCAAGGAGAAGAUUUAGGUGACUCAGGUGGGGAGGAUGCACAUGACACACACGACACAUACGACUCUCACGACGCUCAGGCAGCAGUAGAAGAACCUAAUAAGAAAGUAGCCAAGAAAAGAAAACUUCAAACCCAGGAGCCGGACAAAGUGACGAAAAAGAAGACGGUAUUGAAAGAAUGUGGUGGUGUGAAAAAGAAACCACAGCCAGAAGAUAAAAAAGAUCCCCAAAAGCCCAAGAGACGACGAAAGAAGAAGACCAUCACAGACGUGUUGGCGACGUCUGAGCCCGCACCCGGCUCUCCGGCUGACCUGAGGAGCCUGCUGAUGAGCCACUUCAGCAACACGCGGUCUGUUAUCGAACAGGAGGAGCUGGAGCUGCCGGAGUCGUGUUUCCUGACAAGUAACGACCUCACACACAGCUUGUCGUCCUACCUCAAAGAAGUUUGUCCCAAGUGGGCUAAAGUACAGAAGCAGCACACGCAGAAGGGUUCGGUCGUCCUGCUCAUCGUCUGUAGCUCCGCCCUGAGAACCAUCGAGCUCAUCAAGCAGUUGACUACGUUUAAGGGCGACGCUAAAGUGCUAAAGCUCUUCGCCAAACACAUCAAAGCCGAGGAUCAGGUGAAGCUGCUGAGUAAAAGUGUGGCUCACGUCGGUGUGGGUACUCCUGGCAGACUGAACACCCUGAUCGAGAAAGAGGGAUUGAGUCUGCAGGGCUUGAGAUAUCUCGUCCUCGACUGGAACUGCAGAGACCAAAAACACAGGCGGAUGGUGGACAUACCAGAGGUAAAAGCAGAAUUUGUAAAACUUAUGGAGUCUGGCAUCAUUAAGAAGUGUCAGGAAGGAGGCAUUAAAAUCGGACUCUUCUGACUGCACACUGCGUCUCAUUUCCUCUCUACCAUGUCCUCACAAAUACACCUCUGAAAUGUGUUUGUUUUUAUUAUUUAUAUAAAGCUUUGUUCUAUAUUUUUAAGCUCUGUAAAACCCAGCUGUGUCUACUAUAGAAGCACACACUCCACUGGAGAGAUCUAAAAAUAAACUCAUCUGUUUGGA